GUGAGCUGUCAACUUGGAAAACACAAAGCAUGACUGAUGUUAUAUAGAUUUGUCUAUUGUACAGUUGACUAAUUCAUAAUGGGCCUUUGCAAGUGUCCAAAAAAGAAAGUAACAAACUUGUUUUGCUUUGAACAUCGUGUAAAUGUUUGUGAACAUUGCCUAGUUGCUAAUCACGCUAAGUGCAUUGUCCAGUCGUACCUACAGUGGCUACAAGACAGUGACUAUAGCCCAAACUGUACGCUAUGCUCCAAAGAUCUGCCUGAUGCAUCCUGUGGAGAAUGUGUGAGGCUUACCUGCUAUGAUGUGUUUCACUUUGGGUGUUUGAAUCAGUAUGCGCGGGCCCUACCUGCCAAUACAGCCCCGGCUGGUUACACAUGCCCCGUCUGCCAUGCUGGGAUAUUUCCACCCAGUAAUAUGGCCUCACCGGUGGCUGAUGCCCUGCGACAGGCUCUUUCCACUGUCAACUGGGCUCGGGCUGGACUUGGGAUGCCUCUGAUAGAAGAGGCAGAAUCAGCUUUAGUGCAGACCCAACGGCCCCCUUGCCCUAUUCCAGCCUUAACCCCUAACGGAGGUCCGGCCCAGGCUCUCCCCCAGGAAACAACUCCUCCCCUGGUAGGCCUCACCAAUCUCUCCACACUGGGCACCACGCCUGGUCCCAACACCACACGCCCCAGUGCUCAGGUGAGCCCAUACACAACAUCCACACCCAGUCGGCCCAACCCUGGCCCAAACACCCACAGUGUUAUCAACGUGGAUGAGGGGACCAGCGUACGAGGGACGGACAAACAGACACAUGCAGAUCCGCGUAAACUGUUUGACUCAACAAAGGAGGAUCUGUUGAACAUGUCACAUGACCAUGAUGAUGACAAGUACCGGCGGAGACCCGCCAUGGACUGGCUCAACAGAUGGCUCAGGUCGAGGGACACGGGACCAAAGUAUGGAAUGAUGAAGCGGGAUGCCAGCUCGGUGCGCAAGAAAUUCCUCAUUGUGUUGCUCAUUGGUGUGAUUGGCUUCUUGACUCUCAUUGUGAUAUUCUCAAGGUUGGGCAGAGAUGCUGCCGAAGACGACCCCUUACUAGACCCCAUGGCAAAUCCAAACAUUAGGGUGAAUAAAAUUUGAGCCCUGGGGCAUUCCAGGGUUUGUUGUUAUAUAUGGGCAGAUAUUAGCAAAGUGGCAGUGAUAAGGGAAUUAUAAAUACUGUGGAUAAAGAUUGUGCAUGUAUUCCGGCCACUAUUUGUGGUCAACUCGGUUGUCUGAGAAAGAGAAUGUCUAUUUUUCAUAUUUUCUUUUAAAUACAAGUGAAAGUUAAGUUAUAAGAGAAUUUGUGUAAUGCUAUCUUACUUUUUGAGUGCUACAUCAUCCAGGUAUGUGAUCUUCGUCAAAUAGAUAUGAGAAGGGCUCUUGCAAGGUCAACGGUAAUGACAUAAACAAACCAUGAGGAAUGCAUUUUAUGCACGAAUUGGACAGCCUUCCGUCAUGUGACAAUGGUUAGGCUAACUGCAACUUUUACUUGCAUGUAUAAGUACAAGUAUUGCAACCUAUCUAUUGUUGAUGAACUGAAAAUCUUCUUGCAUGUCUUGGUGACAUCUAUUUUCCUUCUUAAAAAGGCUUCUUAAGACUCCAUCAAAGACGUUGUCAUUUCUUCAGGUAGUUAAUGGUGUAAAGAAUACCACGUGUUCAUGAUCUUGCUAGUAGCAAAAUAGUUAUGGCCUGCUAUGAAACAAGAUUUUUAGUGUUAAAAAUAACUGUAUUUACACUUUGAUAGCAAAUAUUUAUUUUUUAGUUUAUAACACUUGUGGUUACUGGAAAUUUAGUAAUCAUCAUGAUUUACCCUCUUUAAUCCUUUUUUGUUCUGUAAUAUCCUGCUUUACUUAAAGUUUUCCACUGUAUUGGAAGAUGUUAUAACAACCUGAUGUAUGUAGAUACUAAUAUUAAAUGUUUUAAUGUGCAAUGUUGAUCAGAUUUGCUUGGAAAAAAUAGUAGAGCUAAUGAAUUUAGCUUGCAGUGUGCAUCACAAAUAUUAGGGCUUAAACAAUGCAUUAUUGUGGUCAACUUUAAUCUUGCUUACGAGCGUAGCCUAUUGUUCUGUUUAUCCUGAUUGAUAAUUGAGUGAUUAAUGACACUUUCUUGUUCAUAACAUGCUGAUAUGACGUUGAAAAACCCACACGUUCAUAUUUUCGUCUGUAUUUCCUCUUGGUUUCUGAUUGUUUGUUGUCAGAAGAGACAAGCCAGCAUGCUAUCGCUGUAGAUUAUUUCCUGGCUCAUUAUCAGCUUUUUAUCGACAUGUUGUAGACACAAGUAUUGCUUUUGACGCCAGCAUGGAAUGAAUUGGAUAAAAAGAGCCAUUUAUAUAUGUACUUUCCAUUUAGCACAAAGUCCUUUUGGCUCAAAAUAUGACACAAAGUGCGUAAAGUGACACUCUUAUUCAAAAUCAAUGCAUACACAUGUUUAACGAACAUAAAUUUUGAGUGAUAAACCUUUAACUACUUACUAAAUAAUGCAUUUAUGGAAAAUAUUAAUUACUGAUAACGAGAUUGUAACCGUGUAUUUAAUAGCUGAAAAUGCAAAAUAAUGAUUGGUGAAUGCUAAAAGAUUUACUGUGAUUUACUAUUGUGUCAUAAGGUAGAAAUACCAUGUUUUCGGCACCUUUCUUUGAAAUUUAACUCUGUAAUCUUCAUUCGAACCAUUGUUUCUGACAUUUAUUUAUCCUCUUUGGUAAAUUAAAACAAUUGUAUUAAUUGUUGUAAAUCUUAUUUGGGAGUAAGAGUGCAUCUUUAAAGAUUUCGUUUCUAGGCACAAUCAACACAGUGAUUACAUAUUUUAAUUCUUUAUUUCAAAGUUUUAUUUCCUACAUUGUUGACAUUUAUACAUUUUAUUUAGUGGAGAAGUUUCAUAUUGAAAUCAUCAAGAUCAAGUCAUUGCUUUAACCAAAAUGUUGAUACUUCUAAUAGAAUAACACAUCUCAUUAACUACCGGUAUGUGACUUGGAUGAAACAAUUGACAUCAUUGACACUUCUGCUGUGCAAGCAAUUAAUUCUGUAUUCAAUUGUCUAUAUUCUUUUUAUAAAUAAGUUAUCUAGUUGAAUUUAUUCUUUGACGUGACGUCACAAAUAUCAGCGUUGAAAAUGUUUGCUUUAAAUAUGUAUUGAGUGCUGUUAAUCAUCAAAUUUUCAAAUAAGUACUAUGAUAUAAAUAAGAUAUCACAUUCAUGCCCAUUCAGUACGAAUUUGGUUAAAACUUGUUCACUGAAAAUUGAUUAAAAUUCAGCUAGGCUCGCUCAGUUUUAGAGAACUUGUUUUAUUCCAUGUUGAAUGACCAUUCAUGUAAUAUUCUCAAUAAAGUUUAUGGAAGUAUGUAAUUAUCUUCUACAUAGAACACACCAUAAGUGUAAAAUGCCUACCAUCCUGAAUUCAUGAAUACAACUGAAGUCUAAGGUUAUAUUAUGCUUAUCUAUUACUCAGGCUUAGCUUUCUAAAGAAAAGCAGAUUAUCAAAAAAAUAAAUGAAGAGCACAUGGUCUAUAUACCAAAGACAAGGCAAAAAUACAUACAUAUACUAUAUGUAUGUAUUUUUGCCUUGUCUUUGGUAUACAGAAAUGUUCACAUUGUAUUACAUGCAAAAGGUUAUGGCGUCACUGUUUAUUUCAACACUGCGCUUUGAUUGGAUUAGUGCAAUGUCAAUUAACCAAUGGUAUACGAGAUUACAUUAAUGGGCUAUUCUUUGAUAUAAAUGUAUGCUGUUGAUCACCUAUUUUAGUUAAUAUGUAGCUGCAGAAACUACAAUUUUUUAAUCAUGAUGAAUAUUUAUUUAAAAUAUAGAUAUAAGAAUGAAGCACAAUUUUUCAUAUGUUCAUGCUGUAUGAAUGGAGGAGGGUUCAUGGCCUACAUGCAAAUUUUUAAAAAAUCACUAGUUUUCUUCAUGGAACUUGCUCUCAUGCCCUACCAAGGUUGAUACAGUAUGAACAAACCAAAAUGGGAUCAAUCCAUUAAUGACACGAAUUAUAGCUGUCUGUUGUCAGCGUCAGCUUCAGUUAUGCCUGAUAUUUCCUCGUAGUUCAAUAUUAGAUAGGUUCCAUAAUCAGCUGCAAAUCAUUAUUAUUUAUAUACUAUAAAAUAGUAUACAUACAUGUAAACAUAUAAGCAUUAUGUAAAAUAUUGCUGUUGGGCCAUACCAAAUUGAUAUUUCUUUCCGCGGAUUUACCGCUCCUAUUUUUUUGAAAAUGUAAAAAAAAUUUUUUUUUUUUUUUGUGCGCCCGCACCUUCAUUUUGAUCGCCAAGCAGAUUUUUUUCAGGUAAUAAUUUAUUAAAAGGCUAAAAAUAAUCAAGUAUAAUUUUUCUACGCUAGUUUUCGUGUUUUUGUAAAGGGAAGUUACCGAUGCGUAGUGUUUUUAUACUGUAUAUCGAUCGGUUUAGCAUGGGUUUCAAUAAAUUCAAUCAAAAUGGUGUCUUCCGGUAUAAACAAUGUGGCUCGAAGUUUGGAUAUUAAAUCUUAUUUUUGACAAUUAAUAUGUUUUGAGCAUGCUUGAAGUCAUUGUUGAUUGUCUCAUGCACUAAAGGAUCAUUAUUUAAAGCAAUCAUUAUGCAAUAAAGCAUGUGUAUCUGAGACUGGUAGCGAUUAUAUUGCGUAAUUAGUGACUCGUUUUAAAUGGAAAUCAGAAUGAUCAACUUAGUAUUUUAUUUAAGUCAUAAUACAGGGACCAAAAUUUUACCUCGUUACGACGAUGCUGAAGAUGACAGGUCAACUUAACUGGAACAUGAGUCAUUGUUUGGUCGAAAUUGAUGUAUCAAGCUCAUUUUCUGAUCAAAUUCUGACAAAACAACAGUUUUGAACAAAUAUCUUUUCACAAAUAGCGAUAUAAACACUGGUCUGGAUAUACCUCAACAUAAGUAAGCCUAAAGUUUAUCACCUUAUUUUUUGUUUUUAUUUGCAGCACAAUCCGGGAUUGUAAUGCACUUGUCAAUUGUAACCACUGCCGCGCCCACCCCUCGCCCUUGUUCCAGGGAUAUGCCAGGGGCGAGUGGGGGAUGGCCAUAUACAAUUGGCCGGUGCAUAAAAACAUCUAAAUAACCAAAAAAAGUACUCUAAAAAAUAACCUUGUCCUUUUUGUUUUAAUAAGCACAUGUCAUUGCAUUUCUUAGUCUAUGUUAUAUGAUGUCUGAUGUUUGAUGAUGCCUGUGUAAGUGAUCAUUUUUUACAAAUCCAAAAUCAAUCCUAAGUUAUGUCUAAAUACAGUUGCAUAUGAUGUUAAACUGAUUCAGGUAGAUUUAUAUAAGUUGUUUCAAACUUUUUACUUAAAGCAGGGUUAUUUAUUAUUAUGAAUGAUCAUCAUAUUAAAGUUUGUUUUAAUUAUAUAAGAAAUUAGAAAUUAGAUUUAUCCAUAUAAUGUUUGUACUAAACAAGGAUGAAUAAAUAGUAUGUUUUCCGACAUUUCCCCAAUUUCCAUUAGAGGUUCAAGAUGGCAUUAAAAUGGGUUUAAGGGCAAUUAUUUUGAACAAUCUUUCUUAUUUAUAUUGAAUAUAAGGAAACAUAUAUUUUUCGCUCGCUCGCUCCAAUUUUUUUGGGCAAAAAUCCGAGGAACUAAACAUCAAUUUGGUGUGGCCUUGCUGUUAAAAAAAAUCUAAAUGCGAUGAUGGAAAUAAUUUACUAUGUUCAAUUAAAUGUUAUAACAUAAAGACACAAUUGAUAUAAUGACCAUAAAUUGUAUCAUUAGCUGUCCAUAUAUGUUUUUGUUAUUUUUAUGAAUUUGUUUUGUUCAAUGUUGGAACUAUGUUGAAGACUAUUAUGAUUAGGGAACAUUAAUUAUUUAUUAAAAAUAAUGAAAAGGG